AUGGCUUCCCAACUCUUCCUUGUGGCCCUCCUGGGCAUCGCCCUAGUGAGCGCUACACCAGUGCCCCAGCAGGCUGGCAGUGCUAAUUUCUCCUCGGCAAUGGCCCGUUACUUGGAGGCCUUCAGGAGCAUUAUGCCCUGCGGCUAUGCCCCCGACAUCCCCGUGCUUGCUCCUAUUAUUAAUACCUUCACCGGCUACAACAUCUCCACCGACGACUACAGCCUAGUUGGAAAUACCAGCAACAUCCGUAUCGAGGGCCUGAACAACUUCAAGAUUCUGAGUGCCAGCGACUACGGCACCACCGGCGAGGCAGCAUACGACGUGAUCUUCCCCAAGAUCCAGAUUCUGGGAUCUUCCGAGGUCGAGGGUUGGAUCAACUUUGGCGGCUACCAUCUGCCCAUCCGCCAGCGCGCUGUGAUCAACGAGGCCUUUGUGGAUCUGCGCUUUGUGGGCAGCUACUCUUUUGCCAAUAGCCUGACCAACUCCUCGGGUCUGCGCAUCGUCGACUUCAAGCUGGCCAUCUAUCUGGCCGACGUUCAGUUGGACAACUGGAACACGCUGUGGAACAUCUCCACCAACAACUUCUGGAACCGCUAUAGCAAGCUCUUCCUUUCUCUUGGUCUGGAGGAGAUCCAGCCACAGAUCACCGACUACUUGUACCAGAACCUGCUCGUGCCGAAGAUCAAUGAGAUUCUCGCCAACGUUAGCAUGGAGGAAUUGGUCAACUACUACCAGUCGCAGGCCCAGCUCUGGGAGAAUGCCAACUGCCACGCUUAG